UUUGCUGCCGACUUUGCCGAGUGCUGAGUUUUGGCGGCAAGAGUGAUCGAAAACAGAGCAAGUGUUACUACAUGCAAAAUGGAGAAGAAAGAUUCUCUGCGGAAUUUGUUUCAAGAGUUAGGCUGUAAAGUCGAAAGUGAUGCCAUUCUCGAUAAAUGUUUCGAACUUUGUGAGUCUUACAAUGUGGAUGUGGAGAAGCUUACAGAAUUGUGGCUUACUUUUUGCGUUAAUAAUAACAAUGACAUUGAUCCUACUCUUGAUGCUCUCGUCAACAUGGAAAAUGUAGUCUUAAAGAAGGAUUAUAAAUUACAUAAUUUAAUCAUGGAAAAUAAUACGAAUAAAAAACAAAGUACAAUGGAUAAACAAGGAUUUAGUGCAAAUAGAGAUAUUGAAAAUGAUGAUAUGCUUAGCAUGUAUGGCUGUGCCGAACCUAGACUACCAAAGCGUGCGCGAAGUCCAGAGAUUAAUACGGAUGCUCGAACGGAUAAAACGGAAGUUGCAGAGUGUUCGAUUCCACCAGACAGUUACAUCGAAAACUUUACACCAAAUCAGCGUAAUGCGACGGACAAAGGAAAGAUCCUGCUCUCCAUUGGCGAGACUGUCGCGUCGUGGAAGAAGACAGGAGAUUAUGAAGUCGAAGUCACAAAGUCCGACGAAUCGCAUGUUCCCAGCGACGCAAAGUAUAUGUACGAGAUCCUGUCGAAACAAGGACAUCUUUUCACGUUAGUGUGUCGGAGUCUAGGCAGUAGGCUAUUCAAGAUGUGGUCGGCAGAGACGACGAUGACCGAUAACGUCGCUGCAGAACUACGUUAUGUGAAGAACGUACGAAGUAUAAAUCAGACGUACUUUCGAACAUUCGGUCGCAUCAACGCGAAGAAGGAAGCGGCGAACUUGGUGAUGUUGGAAGGUUGCACGAGACGAAGGGGCGCUUCGAUGGCUGAUUCGAUCGAGCUGGACUUUCGCAAUCUGAAACAGUACUCUGUAUUCUCCGGGCAGAUUGUAGCGGUCGAAGCCACUAAUCCGGUAGGCGACGCAUUAUAUGUGAAGGAGAUAUUCGCGAAGGCGUACGCACCAUCCGCACCCGCACCUAGACUCGAAUCAAAGAUUAACGUCUUUGUCGCGGCGGGACCGUUUACCGCGCUUAAUAACACGUUUUACCAGCCGUUAUGGGAUUUGAUGGAGAAAGUUGCAUCGGAUGAACCGCAAGUUUUGAUACUCGUCGGACCUUUCCUCGAAUAUACGCACUCCGAAGUACAAAAUAAUCUCAUUAAGGAUACACAUCAGGAAUUCUUCGAGAAAAUUCUUACGAGGAUAAUGGAAUCGACGAGGAAGAAUACACAAGUCGUGUUGGUAGCUUCUAAUCGCGAUGCACAUCACGAACCUAUAUUUCCAACUCCUCAAUAUGCUAUUUUUAACAAAAAGUUGCAAAAUUAUCCGAAUUUAAAAUUGAUGCCAGAUCCUUGUAUAUUGGAUGUUGCCGGCUUGAAGAUCGGAGUUACAUCAGUUGAUGUAAUCAAGCAUAUCGGGAAAGAAGAGAUAUCAAAUAUAACAGGUGACAGACUCGGUCGUCUGGCUGAUCAUGUGCUCGCUCAAACGUGUUUCUAUCCCGUGUACCCUCCGCCCGAGGAUUUGAACGUGGACACGGAUUUAUGGGAAAAGUAUGCAUUUUUCGAUCAGCAACCGCACGUGUUAAUUUUACCAUCCGAUAUGCGAUCUUAUUGCAAAGUGAUCAACGAAUGCGUGACUCUGAAUCCGGAACGCAUGCACAAACACGCUUAUGCCAAAUUGAGUGUGAAACCGACCCUUGGCGAUAAAUGGAAUUCCAAUAAUAUCUCGUGCGAGAUCGUCAAAGUUUGAUAGCUUUAAGACAAUGUGUAUGUAAUAAUCAGUUGAAUAUUUUUAUAUUUAUAUAAUAUCGAAAAUAUGUUUAUGAGUUACUAUAAUAUAAUCUUUUUUUUU